CUUUGUUAAUGAACGUUGCGUGACUGUUAGGUAGAUUUUACGACUGUUAUGCGUGACUAUUAGGUAGAUGGACUUUUGCGCCGCUAGUGAUGGAACAAAAUUUAAGGUGUCAAAUUCAAGCUGGUCAAGUCGAACAGCUGCAGCAGUCGGCUCGAGCUGGCCGGCACCGGAAAAACUCCUCCAGAUCUGAUGAAGAAUCAACACGGUAGCACCGAUACCGGCUCCGGACGACCCAAAUUGCCGAAACCAUCUUCCGAUGGCAGUAGCAACUCCACCAUCCACAACGAACUCAAACUCAACCAGUCGGAACUGCCACCUUCCAUCGAAGAACCCGAAGAAUCCGUCCGCGACCUGGUCAGCCGGUUGGAGAGUCACACCCCACUAAGCGUCCGCAGCAAACCACGAAUCAUCGAAUCCAAGUGCAUCGAGAAGACGGACGAAGGCAAGGCAGAGCCGGCGGCCAUCACAAUCAACAACCAGUCGAUGGAGGUCGUGACGGCCAGCAUUCCGGAAGAACCUCCGAUGGAGGAACCCCCCAAGGCCGGUGUCACCGUGAACAACCACAUCACCGUCCCGGGACAACUGUUGAUCCCAUCCUUGCUCAAAGGGCAGAAGGCACCGGAACCAGCCGCUGUAACGGACCACCGUCCUCCGAAGGUCUGUCGCAACAAGAACGUCGAUCUGGCCUUCUCGGCGACCAUCACCAAGGCCUCCAACAAACCCGCCAAGGAGAAAGAGAACCUAGCGCGAAAGUCCUCCCUCGUCAGCGCCACCACCGCGGACACCGUCGAUUCGCUCGAGCACAUCCCAGCGGCGCCGGUCAAAACCGUAACCUUCAAGGACGACGAGAACAACAACCGCGGCGAAGUCGAACAGCACGAGAACCUCAAGCCCAGCGUGAUCGCCGAGCAGCGCAAAUCGGACGAACUGACGUCGCCGAAGCUGGUCAACUGGAGCUUGCUCGGGACGACCAAGUUCGACGAGCGGCAGUACUUUGCCAACGACAAGAAGCUGAUCGAGAAGCGCAAGUACGACGACAUGGAGUUUGAGGAGUUUGAGGUGCUGGAUCCGAACGGGGUGGUUCAGCAGCAGCAGCAGCAGCAACAGCAAAAGGAAGGAGAGUGUUACGAUAGUUUGAACAGCGGAAAGUGAAGGUUGGCAUGGUGUUCGUGGAGAAGUUUGGAGAAGUGUAUGGUAUUUAUAUUUGUUACAAUUAUUCCAAUAGUAUUAUAUUGUGCUUAUUACGUGUAGAAUGAAACAUUAUAUUACUGUUAGUA